AUGCAGGACCAGAGAUCAUAUGGUCAAGGGAUCAAAUCCAUACUAAAAAUAUGCUUAUUAAUUUCCAUCCUAAUAUCGUUCACACCACAAGCUGCCCGUACAGGCGCACCUUUUCACAAGUACGGUAAACCCAAGAUUGCAUAUUUAGGAUGCAACUACCAAAUAGAGUUAACCACUCGCUUUUGCGAAGAUUCAGAAACCACCGAGUCAUGUUAUUGCAAUAACUUGAAUGCAUUUGCUACCAUGUCACAUUGCUACACUCUAGGACAUCCUGCUGAGAUACCCUCCCUCCUAAGCAUGUGCCACAGGGAAUUCAACAAGACGAUAUCCAUGGAUCAAUUCACACAAGCCCAUGAAUAUUAUUUAAACCAAGCCAAAUCAAUAGACGAGAUACCCGACUACACCCCUGCAAAACUAGUGGAUUUUCCUGUGAGAUUGAACGAUUCAGAUGUUUUGUUGUUCAAAGGAGCUUAUGAACAGUUUUUGGGAAAUUAUGAUGUGUCUGUGGACUAUGGUGGAUUUGUCGUAUUGUACUGGGUUGCAGUGUUUGCAUUGGCCGCGAUUGGAAACUGGUCGAAGUUUAUGUUUCCUGGUUUGUACAAGAAAAGGUUAACUGGCCCUAUUACAAAUUGGUUUAGAAAGACGAUUACUUUACCUGGGACAUGGGGCAAGUACAAGACCGAAGAAAAGAAACUUGGAAAGAUCUUUGAUAUGCUUGUUCCAGCAAGGGUAGAAACAAUUAUUUUUGUGGGGUUGCUUAUACUAUGCUACGUUCUUACCACUAUUAAUAUUACUUACUAUGAAGGUGACCCUCUUUUUCGACACAAGGGCCAAGCGCUCUUGCGAUACCAUGCUGUAAGAUUGAGUUUCUUGAGCAGUCUGUUGAUGCCGCUUUUGAUCCUCUUUGGAGGAAGGAACAAUUUCUUACAAUGGGUUACCAAAUGGGAAUACUCCACAUUCAUAACUUUACAUCGUUGGAUAUCACGAAUAGUUGUCCUUAUGGUCAUGCUCCAUUCAAUCUUGUACUCGCUCUACUUUGGAUCAAACUACCGCACGAAGAUCAUGGAAGGAUAUGUGCUAUGGGGUGUUGUUGGAACCGUCAGCGGUGCUGUUAUCAUGAUUCAAGGAUUAUUGGUCCUUCGGAGAAAAUGGUACGAGGUAUUUUUAUUACUUCAUAUUGCAUUAGCAUUGGUUUUCAUCAUUGCCGCUUGGCUUCACGUGCGUGAUUUAUAUUGCACGUGGUUUUACUUUAGUUCAACCUUGAUAUGGGUAUUUGAUAGAAUUAUUAGAAUCGGCCGUAUAUGGGAGUUUGGGUUUCCUUAUGCUAAGUUGUCAAUAGCUGGCGAUGAUACCCUUAAGAUAGUGGUUCCUAAACCUCAUGAUUGGGAAGCCAUUCCUGGCGGACAUGCAUUUAUUCACUUUCUUUUACCCACCAGUUUUUGGCAGUCUCAUCCAUUCACAUACACAACCACCUCUGGUGAUGAAAUUGUGUUGUAUGUUAAAGUCAAACAGGGAGUAACAUUGUCAUUAUACCAGCAUUUGCUUCAACAUGAUGGCCACAGCCAGGUUAGGGUGGCGAUUGAAGGUUCAUAUGGAGAAAAAGCACCAGCUAGCAGAUAUGACAAUGCUGUGUUUGUAGCUGGUGGCAGUGGAAUCCCUGGAAUUUUUGCCGAAGCAUACGACUUAGCUCAACGCCGUGAUUCAAAGGAGAUGAUCAAAUUGAUCUGGGUGGUGCGUGACUAUGGCUCGAUUGUGUGGUUUUACAACGAGUUACUCCUGUUGAAAGAAACCAACGUUGAAACAACAGUGGCCCAGCUUGUGGGUACACUUUCCCAUAUAGCUUUCUUACACGGAAAACCAGACAUUGACGCAUUGGUUAGGGCGAAUGUCGAGGAGUCGUUAGGAUCCACUUGUUUUAUUACGUGUGGUCAUCCCGCCAUGGUUGAUGAUAUACGUGCUGCUGUAAUUAGGAAUAUAGACAAUAAGGAAAGGAAGAGGGUAGAUUACUAUGAGAAACUCCAGGUAUGGGCAUAA